AUGUCUCGCGAAAAGACGCGGCUGGAAGGGAGUGACUUUGCCAGCGAGUCUGAGCAGCCUCACCUUUCGGCAAAAGAUGCUUCAGGAGGUGGUUUUGCCAGAGGGCAGGCAGAAAGUUUGUCCUUCGGAACUUGGUUUGACCACGACUUGCAAGGCGUCACUUUUCCCGCCGGCCUGCAGAGACUUCCGUUCGGCAGUUUCGACCAGCCCUUGGGGGUGAUGUGGCCAAACGGCCUCCAAAGACAUUUGGUUCGGAGCUCAACCAAGGAGUUUUGCCAGAGCUGCGACACCUGGCGCUCCAUAGAUGUGGGAGUCAGGGAGUGA